CUCGUCUUUCGGAUCACCACAUGACCUUCUUCUUAUCUUCCUCAUAUUACCCAAUCUUUUGGCCUCUCAAUCUCUCUAGAGAGCUAUCUCAAAUUGUUUUGAGAAUCUCUCGAAACAAUCCACAAGAAAAAAAAAUAAAGAAACAACAGGAAAGCCAGGAGACAAGACGAACCCAAUUAUUAUUUUUUCCAUCUCUUUUGUCUUUUGCUGAUCUUUUGUUUCUGGAUUGUGGGUCUUUUCUUGUCUCUCUUAUUUGAUGGGGUCUCCUCUCCUUAAGAUAAAAACAGUUUUAGUUCUUUCCUCACAUCGUUUCUUCUAACACAACAAAAAUCUAAGUCCUUUUGCUCCCAUUUUGGAUUCUCUUUAAUCUUUCUCUUUCUUCCAAGACAUAACAAAUUCUUACAUGUAGUCUUUCUUUUAACGUUUUUGUGUUCACUCUUUAUACAUUUUUGGUUGAUCAUAAAGUUGAUGUCUUUGGCUAUUGGAUCUGCAUCGAGUUCGAGAAACAUGGAGUUUGACGACAAUAACAAGAUGAUAGGAGGAGAUAAUAGUGGGGUUAUGAAGACAAAUGAUGAGGAUCAUGAUGGAGGAGAGAGGACAGAAAGGCAGAUGAGUGAGAGUGAGACUUCUUUGUAUGCAACUGAUCACGAGGAGGAAGAUGAUGAGGGCGGAAGUAACAAAAUUCAGCUAGGUCCACAGUACACCCUCAAAGAACAACUUGAAAAAGACAAGGAUGAUGAGAGCUUGAGGAAAUGGAAGGAGCAGCUUCUUGGGAGUGUGGAUUUGAACACCAUUGGAGAAACACUUGAACCAGAUGUGAAAUUUCUUAGCCUGUCAAUCCUCUCUCCUGGCAGACCUGACAUUGUACUUUCUAUUCCCGAGAACGGGAGGCCCAGAGGCUUAUGGUUUACAUUGAAAGAAGGCAGUCCCUACAACCUCAAAUUCUCCUUCCAAGUCAGCAAUAACAUUGUAUCUGGCCUGAAAUACACCAACACUGUCUGGAAAACAGGCCUCAAGGUGGACAGCUCAAAAGAAAUGCUUGGAACCUAUAGUCCUCAGCCAGAGCCUUACACCCAUAUGAACGCACAAGAGACCACGCCCUCGGGCAUUUUUGCUAGAGGAUCAUAUUCGGCAAGGUCAAAGUUUCUUGAUGAUGAUAACAAGUGCUACUUGGAGAUCAACUACACCUUCGACAUUCGAAAAGAAUGGGCUGCUACUUAAAUGAUCAGCAGCAAUUUUCCAACAAGCAAUUCACACACCGACCUUAAUUAAUUAAUUUUCUUGACCUUCAUUAGCUCCAAGCCUUCUUCCCUCUUCAGCCAAUGUUUAAUCAUCUCUGUGGUCAGUUAUCACAAUAAUAUUUUGUUUAAGUUUUUUUACAGAAUAUUUUAGUAUUAAGCUA